GUGAGGCGCGGGCGGCGGCGACCGCGGCGCCUUUGAGGGGCCCGGGGGCCCGGGCGGCUCCCGGCCGGGGCCCCGCCGCGGGACGGACCAUGCUACGCUCCACCGGCUUUUUCCGGGCCAUAGACUGCCCCUACUGGGCUGGGGCUCCCGGGGGGCCCUGCCGGCGGCCCUACUGUCACUUCCGGCACCGCGGGGCCCGGGGCCCCGGCGCUCCCGGCGGAGGCGGAGCGGCGCCCCCAGCAGCAGGGCUUGGUUAUGACCCGUACAACCCUGAGCUGCCCAAGCCCCCGGUGCAGAGGGAGAAUGGCGCCCUGGGUAGAGGGGACGAGCCCCGCUCAGACAUUCUGGAGCUGGAGCUGGUCAACCAGGCCAUUGAGGCUGUGCGCUCUGAGGUGGAGCUUGAGCAGAGGCGGUACCAGGAGCUCCUGGAGACGACCCGGGAGCACGGCUCGACUGAGGCCCCCGCGCUGGCGCCCCGCGGCCCCAUUGCCUGCCCCGCUGACGGCCUGGAUGAGGAUGCUUUCCCGCUGUCCUUCAGUUACAACCCUGGCGGCCGUGGCCUGUUCAGCCCCGAUGCCAGCUACCAGCCCACACCACUGGCUGCCUCUGCCGAGCCCAGCAGCAAGUACUCGCUGGCCUCUCUGGACCAGGGUCAGGGCCAUGGUGGAGGGGGUGGCAAUGCCCUGGAGUACGUCCCCAAGGCUGUGAGCCAGCCCCGGCGAUACAGCCGCCCUGUCCACAGCAGCAAGUACGUGGUGGACAACUCCAAGCCCUCUACAGACCUGGAAUACGACCCACUGUCCAACUUCUCUGCCCGCCUGCUCAGCAGAGCCAGCGCCAAGGACGACAGGGCCCCCAAGCGACCCAGGGGCUCCCUUAGCAGUGAGCCCUACACGCCCGCACCCAAGAAGACCUGCGACCCUUUCGGUGGCUGUGACGCAAGGUUCUCGGACUCAGAGGAUGAUGCUGCCGCAGCCCCGGGUGAUAAGCCCACCACCGCCAGCCCCCCGAGAGCCCAGGUGGGUUCUGGGAGCAAGGCCCUGGGGAAGCCUGGCUCCAGGGCGGGUGCAGAGCCUGAGGAGGGCAGCCUGCGGGAGACCAAGGAGAUUGCCGUGCAGUACGACGUGGGGGACCUCGGGCAGCCUCCCAAAGGCCCAGGUGGGCCGCCACCUGCCAAGCCCAGCUCCCCGGCCAGGGUCUCACAGGAGCACGGCAGCUCCAAGGAGGGGAGACCCAAGAAGAAGAAAAGUGGGGUGCUUCCGGCAGCCGGCCCCAAGGACAGUGUCCGGAAGACAGACAAGGAUAAGGAUGGAGCGCGUGGGAGGCUGGCCGAGAAGCCCGGUGUGGACAGGAGGGGCCCGCAGGCCAGCAGCCCCCGGCACAGGGCAGAGCGGUCCCAAGGGACCAAGAAAAAGCCAUCUUCAGCCACUCUGGUGGCCAGCUCAGGGAAAGGCCGGCCUGACCAGCCGGGACCGAAACCAAGCCCCACACAGGGGGGCGCCCGCCAACUGCCGGACAGGACAGUUAGUGAGACCCCAUCAGGGAAGCUGGCAGAGCGGAAGACCCGCUCACUGGACGAGGGCACCCCCCGGGACACCCCCAAGCUGCAGAGGCGGGCCCUGAGCCACGCCGACCUCUUCGGGGAUGAGAGCGAGGACGAGGACCCCGGGCCCAAGGUGCCUGGACUCCGGCCGCCUGCCCUCCCCAGCCUCAGUUCCAGCUCCGAUUCGGACUCUGACUCAGACACGGACUCCAGCCUGGGCCUCUCUGCUGCACGGGGGCUGCCCAAACGCCUCAAGGCCUCCCCGCCCCCCUCGGCUGGCCAGUCCUCUUCCUCCUCCUCCCCCUCGUCCUCGUCCUCGAUGGGGGCGGGUUCUGACGUGGACUACUCAGCCCUGGAGAAGGAGGUCGACUUUGACUCCGACCCCAUGGAGGAGUGCCUGCGCAUUUUCAACGAGUCCACCGCGGUCAAGACGGAGGACAAGGGCCGGCUGGCCCGGCAGCCUCCCAAGGAAGAGAAGAUGGAGGACCAGGGGCAUUCAGGGCUGACCACUCUGUUCCCUGGGCAGAAGAGGAGGAUUUCUCAUCUUUCCAAGCAAGGCAAGGAGGCGGAGCCAACGAGGAAAGGCCCCACGCUCCCCACCCGGCCCCCGACUGCCCAGGAGGUGUGCUACCGGCGGGCCCAGCAGGCGCAGAGGGAGUCAGCCAGCUGGUUCCAGGCUGCCCAGCAGCCGGCCGAGAGGCCAUCCUCUGUCCACAUCUCGGCCCCAGGCGAGAAGAGAAGGAUCGCCCAUGUCCCCAACCCACUCCUGGCUGCAGCCCCCACAGGUGCCAAAAGGACCCUCUCGGCCAGCAGCAGCCAGCCUCCCAAUGGCCCCGAGCCCGGCAGCCAGCCCCUGAAGACGCGCACGCUGUCAGGCAUGGCGUCCAAGACCACCACCACCAUCACCCCCAAGCGUGUGGCCCACAGCCCGUCCUUACAGAGUUUAAAGAAGCCCAUUAUCCCGAAAGAGUUCGGGGGCAAAGUCCCCACCGUCAUCCGGCAGCGCUAUCUCAACCUGUUUAUUGAAGAGUGCCUCAAAUUUUGCUCUUCUAACCAGGAAGCCAUAGAGAAGGCGCUCAGCGAAGAGAAGGCGGCCUAUGACCGCAGCCCCAGCAAGAACGUCUACCUGAACGUCGCCGUGAACACGCUCAAGAAGCUGCGUGGCCUGGUCCCCAGCGCCGGGCCCGGCGUCAGCAAAACCAGUGGCCGGAGGGUUGUGUCCCAUGAAGUGGUUCUGGGGGGCAAGUUGGCUGCCAAGACCAGCUUUUCGUUCAGUCGCCCCAGCAGCCCCCGAGUGGAGGAUCUGAAAGGGGCCGCCCUGUACGGCCGCCUCAAGGAGUACCUGCUAAGCGAGGACCAGCUCAAGGAGAAUGGCUAUCCCUUCCCGCACCCCGAGCGGCCGGGCGGCGCCGUCAUCUUCACGGCUGAGGAGAAGAAGCCCAAGGACUCCUCCUGCAGGAUCUGCUGCCGCUGCGGCGCCGAGUACCUCGUGUCCUCCUCGGGCCGCUGUGUGCGGGAUGAGGAGUGUUGCUACCACUGGGGGCGGCUGCGCCGGAACCGAGUGGCCGGUGGCUGGGAGACUCAGUACACGUGCUGCUCGGCCGCCAUUGGCUCCGCCGGCUGUCAAGUUGCCAAGCAACACGUGCAGGACGGCCGGAAGGAGAACCUCGAAGGGUUUGUGAAGACCUUUGAGAAAGAAUUUUCAGGAGACUCGCACCCAGGAAUCUACGCCCUCGACUGUGAAAUGUCCUACACCACGUACGGCCUGGAGCUGACGCGUGUCACAGUGGUGGACACGGACCUGCAGGUUGUGUAUGACACCUUUGUCAGGCCAGACAACGAGAUCGUCGACUAUAACACCAGGUUUUCAGGGGUGACCGAGGCCGACCUGGCAGACACGAGCAUCUCCCUCCGGGACGUCCAGGCCGUCCUGCUGAGCAUGUUCAGUGCAGACACCAUCCUCAUUGGCCACAGUCUGGAGAGCGACCUGCUGGCCUUGAAGGUCAUCCACAGCACCGUGGUGGACACGUCUGUGCUCUUCCCGCACCGCCUGGGCCUCCCCUACAAGCGCUCCCUGCGGAAUCUCAUGGCUGACUACCUCAGACAGAUCAUCCAGGACAACGUGGACGGGCACAGCUCCAGUGAGGACGCCAGUGCUUGUAUGCACCUGGUGAUCUGGAAGAUCCGAGAAGACGCCAAGACCAAGCGGUGACCGCCGCCUGCCUGCCCGCCUCUCCCACAGCCCCGGCCCGCCCUCUACCCCAGGCCUCUUCCAAAACAGUGCAAUAAAUCUCGAGAGCUAACCCUGUCCACGUCACCAAGACACGGAAAACCGAGAGAACGGGACGAGCUGGCGGCAGAGAGCCCAAUGCCAAGAGCGACCCUGGAGCCCUGCGCCCCCGCCGCGCCCCCUCACGCCUGUCCCUGCCUCUCUGCCCCCAGACCUCUGUCCUCUGGAGACUGCUGCUGACUCGAUGGGCCGAGGCCGGGCCCAUGCUGCCUGCACCCCAGCCGGGCCCUGCUCCCACCGCUUCUCUUGGGUGGUGGGUGGGAGGCGGCCAGGCAGGCUUGUCGAGGGUGUGUUUGAGACAGGGGUUGUCUUUUUAUUUUGUAUUGUUAUUUUUAUUAUUUUUAAUUUAAAGCUGAUGACUUGCACAGUUGUCUUCCUCUACCCAGAAGAGCGAGACCCUGGUGCUGCCUUCCCUCCUGAGGGGUGGGGCGGGGCUGGGAGCAGCCAGCUGGCGCCCCAGCAGCCACUGGGACCCGGGAGUUCAGCCCCCAGCCCACCUGGGCCCUGUGACUUCGGGGAACCGAGCCAGCCCCUCUGUCAGCCCCCAGGGCCUCGCCUUCCGGACGCCCCGGGGCCUGUCUGCCUCUGGACACUGUCUUCCCGCCAGAGCCCCACCCUCCUCAGGGAGGCUGUCUAAAGCCCUGCAGCCCCCAGGUUCCCCAGCCCCUCUCCCCCACCCCCAGGCAGGGACAGAAUAAAUGUUUGUAUUGAUUUUAGAGCUCGUGGCGUCCGGAGGUGUUUAUUUUGGUGUCAGAUGUGGCCCUCCAUGCAGGCGGAGGGCACAGCCUCAGUGGCCAGGACCCACCCCCUAACGGGGGCUCAGGAAUGGGGCCUUGCUCCACUUCAUGAAAACCAGCCUGGUGCCCUUGGACAACUGUUCCAGAGCAGAUCCAGGGCCCUGGAAGGCCUUGAUUCAGGGGCUGUCAUGCUUCUGGCCCCCUGGGGUUCUGUGACAGUGGAGCCAGCGGCCACCUCCUGUGAGCUGGGGGCCGGGGAACCCGGACGGCCGCUGCAUGUUGCAUGUCUGAGAAGCUAACUUGGGAACGGGAGGCUGCGGAGGAGAACCAGGUUCCUUCCCUCUCGAGGUCCUGGGGGGUGGCGACUGAGGAAAAACCACACGACCUAGAAGUUGUGAGUUAUGUUUUACUUCAGGAACUCACUGAGAACUAUAGCCGGGGAGACAGCCUCUCAGAUAGCUCUGAGGAACUGUUCUGAAGAGGGAAGGGAGGAGCCAGGAUAUGCAGGAGUCUCUGCUGAAAAGAAGACAAAAAAAGUAACCCGUGUAGUUGAACACGGAAGAUUGCUGCUAAUCACAACAAAAGUCAGACAUCUCAAGUGAAUGAUUCUAGUGCUUUUGUGUGUGUGGAAAGUUCCAAGAGUCCAGGCCCAUGGAAGUGACUCCUUUCACAUGUACCUCAGCUGUCUGGGGCCAGUGUCCUGUUUUUCUCCAUCCUGAACCCCCUCAGGGCGCACCUUUGGGGGGUGCCGCUGCCAUGGCUGGACGGCUGCAGCAAUGGCGGUGAGCUGGAAUGGCAGGCAACAUCCUCUGUCCACUAGGGCUCUGAGGGAGGGUUCUCGUCUGAGUCAGACCCCUGCCGCCGGCAUGGGCACGUCCCUCUGGGGGUCCUUGGGACCAGGUGACUUUCCCCCCCUUCUGUAAGUUGGGAGUGGCUUUCUAAAUAAAGGGUGCAGGCAGCAUCCUGGAA